ACAGACUCGCAGAGGCCAACCCUUCGCCAUCUUGGAUUCUCCAGCCCGUCAGAGCUUCGGGUCGUCUCCAGUUAUGUCCCAAUAAUUCGGCAAACUGCGAUCCACCUACAAAAUCCGAGCGACCAAACGCUCGUCUGAAAUCUGGGACAGUGACUCCGUGUCUCUAGGACAGAUUGAGGGACCAGAGAAGCUGAGAAGCUCGAAAACAUCCGGGUGAAAGUGACGGGCCAACGACCAAAGCGAAUGACAGCUGAAUUGCUGAGUGACUGCUAGUGAGCAAACGUCACGCCCCGCCAGCUAGGCAGGUCAAGGUUGUGUCGCCAAAUCGGCGUUUUGAGAUGUUCGUUCGGCAUUGAUUGCUAGUCGGUAGAAUGGGAUCGUGCUUUUCGAGAUCACGGAACUCGGGCAAUGUGUCCGGCGUGGGCGCCACCCAGCUCGAGUCUGGUGCUGGUGGCUCGAUGCUGGGCGGCGUCGGUGGUGUGCCUGUGCCCAACACCACGCCUGGAGUUGUUGGUGUCAAUGAUGGUGUCGGUGUUGGCUCCAGAAAUGGACCAAUGCCUCCGAUGCCAAUGGGAGGCACAGGAGACGGCGUUGGAGACGUGACAGGGUCAUCCAAUUCUGGCAAUCCAGGCACCGGCGGAUCGAAUGUGCAGAAUCACAAGGUCUUUGUUGCCCUCUACGAUUAUGAUGCUCGUACUGACGAGGACCUCAGUUUUCGCAAAGGAGAACACCUUGAAAUCUUAAACGACACCCAAGGAGACUGGUGGCUAGCUCGUAGCAAAGCAUCAAGGCAGGAGGGUUACAUUCCAUCAAACUACGUGGCGAAGCUACGAUCGAUAGAAGCAGAACCAUGGUACUUUGGAAAAAUCAAACGUAUUGAGGCUGAAAAGAAGUUGCUUCUUCCCGAAAAUGAUCACGGCGCUUUCCUGAUUCGAGACUCUGAAUCUAGGCGCAACGAUUAUUCUCUGUCAGUAAGAGACGGAGACACAGUCAAGCAUUACAGAAUUCGUCAGCUAGAUGAAGGUGGCUUCUUCAUUGCAAGAAGAACUACAUUCAGGACACUGCAAGAGCUGGUAGAACAUUACAGCCAAGAUCCUGACGGACUGUGUGUCAACCUUCGCAAGGCCUGCAUUCAGGUUGAAAAGCCAGUAACUGGUGGACUGUCACACUCGACAAGGGACCAAUGGGAGAUUGACAGAGGUUCACUCAAGUUUGUGCGCAAACUUGGCCAUGGACAGUUUGGCGAGGUGUGGGAAGGACUGUGGAAUAAUACCACGCCUGUUGCAAUCAAAACACUAAAGCCAGGAACGAUGGAUCCCAAAGACUUUUUAGCUGAAGCUCAAAUCAUGAAGAAACUACGCCACACAAAAUUGAUUCAACUGUACGCUGUGUGCACUAUGGAGGAACCCAUUUACAUCAUCACCGAGCUCAUGAAGAACGGUAGUCUACUUGAGUAUCUGCAAGGAAAGGGCCGCGCGUUAAAGCUGCCGCCCCUGAUUGACAUGGCCGCGCAGAUCGCAAGCGGCAUGGCCUAUCUUGAGAGCCAGAACUACAUCCACAGAGAUCUGGCUGCGAGAAACGUGCUUGUGGCCGAGUCCAACGUAGUCAAGAUCGCUGACUUUGGUCUAGCCAGACUGAUCAAGGAGGACGAAUACGAGGCUAGGGUUGGUGCCAGAUUCCCCAUCAAAUGGACGGCGCCUGAGGCUGCUAACUAUUCCAAGUUCUCGAUCAAAUCCGAUGUUUGGUCAUUUGGCAUUCUACUCACUGAGCUGGUCACUUACGGCAGAAUUCCUUAUCCAGGAAUGACAAACGCAGAGGUGCUUCACCAGGUGGAGCAUGGCUACCGCAUGCCGUGUCCCCCAGGCUGUCCUGCCGCGCUUUAUGAUAUCAUGCUGGAGUGCUGGCACAAGGACCCGAUGAAGAGACCAACGUUUGAGACGCUGCAGUGGAAACUGGAGGACUUCUUCACCAUGGAGGGGUCCGAGUACAAAGAGGCCAGCGGCAUGGCGCAAUACUGAGAUACGCUUCGCAGCACCAUGCCACGAAACAGGACGCUGCGUUAAAAAGAAAACUAUGAAGAAAAGUUUGAUCACGGACAAAGUUGUGAAGUUGAACAAAAGACUCGCCGUCAGUGCAAGAGGACUGUUUGCAUUUCAGGUGACCUGCUCAUGAGUAAGUUAAUUUCUCUCUUUUUAUUCCGAGGCUGCACUCUGUGCAACCCUCACCUCUAAUUUCUCUCCGUUGGUUGAGGGAACUGAUUUAUGCUGAUAGUAAAAACAUUUGGUACUAUAAUCCCUUGCGGCUAUUUGUGUAUAUACAAAUAAAUCGAAAUGAACAGUCGUAAUGCCAUAUUAUAAAGUUAAAAAAAGAUUAUUCACGCAUGGUAGAACACACCCAUCGACAAAGCUCCAAACAUUUGUGAUGUGACGAUUGUUAUAUUUUAUGGAAAUGGUAGAUGAAGUCCUCGUUUGAACAACUGCAAAAUUUUGGACUUGUUCCUGCACCAGCUCGCUCGCAAUAUUUUUACAUGCAUUCAUGGCUUCCAUUGUACUAUUUGCUAAAUGACACGAUCAAUUAAUGUAUUAUUCUUGUUAUUUUACAGUAUUCUAUUUCCAAUAAGCACAAUUUUUACACUUCAUGUACCAAAUAAAAAUAUUAAAGGACGCUGAUACUACUCAAAAUGUAUAUCAAAAA